CGCUGUCCCGGGCGCAGCUUGCGGCGCGGCGGGGGGAGAAACGCUCGGGAGCGGACGGGGCGCGGUGCCCGGGGAACUCCCCGCCACUGGCUCAGCCCGGCCCGUGACCCACCCGCUGCUGAGCGGACGCUCGGCGCCGAUGGCGGGGGCGGCCCAGCCUGGCCGCGCCCGGCAGCCCGGGGGGGGCCCUGGUCGGGCCGGGAGGUGACGCGACGCUGCCGAGUCCGAGGGCGGGGCCCAUGGCCAGGGUGUGGACAGUGCCAAGCACACUGUGGGAGCCAGUGGCAGGCUGGACAGUGCAUCUGCACCUAUGAAGGAGGGCCUGGGGACAUUCCUGAAUCAGCAUUUCCUGCCUGUGCCCGGCAUCAUGGCAUUUCACUGUGCCCCUGGUGAGCCUGUGUCCCCGUCAGCGACUGGCCCUGCUGGGACUCUUUCUUGGAGUCUGUCUUCUGCUACUCAUGGCAGCCACAGAUCUGCACCAUUGGGGCUCUUCUCCCCACCCAGACAAGCAGUUUGAGAGGUUCCUGGCACGGGUGGGAGACCUGCAAGCUACAGACACAGAGGACUCAAUGCUGAACUACGGGAUUGUCAUUGAUUGUGGGAGCAGUGGCUCCCGGGUCUUCGUGUAUUUCUGGCCACCGCACAAUGGGAAUCCUCAUGACCUUUUGGACGUCAAGCAGAUGAGAGACCAGAGCAGCCAGCCUGUUGUCAAGAAAAUCAAGCCAGGGAUCUCCGUGCUGGCAACAACUCCUGAGCAAGCCAGUCACUACAUGCGCCCGCUGCUCAGCUUCGCUGCAGCUCAUGUGCCGGUAAAGAAGCACAAGGAGACUCCGCUCUACAUCCUGUGCACGGCAGGCAUGAGGCUGCUGCCUGAGAGACAGCAGGCUGCGAUCCUGGAGGACUUGGUGAAGAAUGUGCCCCUGGAGUUUGAUUUUCUCUUCUCCGAGUCGCAAGCUGAAGUGAUCUCAGGGAAGCAGGAAGGGGUCUAUGCCUGGAUUGGGAUCAACUUUGUCCUGGGGAGAUUCGAUCAUGAGGAGGAGGAGGAUGCGAUGAUCACUGUGGCCCUGGGGGGUCAGGCGGAGUCCCUGGUGCGGAAGCGGACAGUGGGGAUCCUGGACAUGGGGGGUGCCUCUCUGCAAAUCGCCUACGAGGUGCCCAGCAUGGAGACCUUCUCCUCCCCACAGCAGGAGGAGGCUGCCAAGAGCCUGCUGGCUGAGUUCAACCUGGGCUGCGACGUCCAGCACACGGAGCAUGUGUACCGUGUCUACGUCAGCACCUUCCUGGGCUUUGGGGGCAACUUCGCACGGCAGCGCUACGAGGACCUUGUGCUGAACCAGACCCGCGCCCACAACAGGCUGCAGGGCCAGCAGACGGGAACAAGCGCCGAGACACCCUUUCUGGAUCCCUGCCUGCCUGUGGGACUCGAAGACACAGUAGAAAGGGGUGGCCAGACCCUGCAUGUCCGAGGGCAAGGAGACUGGCAGGCCUGUGCGCAGCUGCUGCGCCCUCUGCUGGCAGGGGUCAACGUCAGCCAGGCCUCCCUGACCCACACUUACCAGGCGCCCAUUGACUUCAACAACAGCGAGUUCUACGGCUUCUCUGAAUUCUUCUACUGUACUGAGGAUGUACUGCGUCUCGGGGGCCUCUACCAUGCACCCAGCUUCACCCGCGCUGCCCAGGAUUACUGCGGCCUGAGCUGGUCAGUGCUGACUCAACGGUUCCAAGAGGGCCUGUACUCAUCACAUGCGGACCAGCAUCGGGUCAAGUAUCAGUGCUUUAAAUCUGCCUGGAUGUACCAAGUCCUUCAUGAGGGCUUCCACUUUCCCCUGGAUUACUCCAGCCUGCACACGGCCCAGCUGGUGUAUGACCGUGAGGUGCAGUGGACCCUGGGAGCCAUUCUCUAUAAAACACGGUUUCUGCCACUCAGGAGAAUCCUCCACGACCCUCGGAAGAUUGUUCCACCUUGCAGUCGCACACCAGCUCAAGCUCCCGGCUACUCCAGUCCCAGCAACGGCACUGUAGGGAACAGAGCGAAGGCGCUGGCUGUAAGGGGAGAGCCUGACCUUUCCCAGCAGGGGGCACUGGAUCUCCGGCAGGAGAGCAGCCGGCAGGCCCACAGCCCCUGGCUCCGCCUCUCCUUCGUUUACAAUCACUAUCUCUUCUUUGUCUGCAUUCUGGUGGUGCUGCUGGCCAUCAUCCUCUACCUACUGCGGCUGCGCCGCAUUCACAGAUGCCAGCUGCGCUCGGCUCCGCUCAACCUGCUGUGGCUGGAAGAGGUGGUGCUGUUGCCAGGCCAGGAACUGGGGCCCUAACCCUGCCACAGCCCAAGAAUCUGUCUGAGCCACAAUUCAACCUGCUUCUAGGUUCCAGUUCCAGCAUCUGAACUGGAACCUAGGCUGGAUGGCAAGUGCCCAAAGUCUCCUGUCAGGAGGUCCAUCAUCUCCUCCUCCUAGUGCCAGAACCAGAGUCUGACAGGUCCUAAGCAGCACAGGACAUGGCUCUGGUGCUUGUAUUUCUGACAAAUGCAAAGGCCUGAAGGCAAGAGAGGUGACACCCACUGAGGUAGCAUCAGCAAGGCAGAGCUAGCAUUUCCUACUCAGGAAAGUGUAAAGGCAGCACCGUUGUAGCAUUUCCUCUCAUCUGCUGUCUUGCAAACCUAUGUAACUCACUGCGCCAAGAUAUCAGUGAGGCCUAGAGUUGGUAGGAUUCAGAGAAUGACUAGACACUUGAGGGACCAACAAGUACAGCUGCUGUUCCCUCUGAAAAGUCAAUCCUCAAGGACUUACCUAAGCCAGCUUCUGCCUGCCACAGAGCAGGGAUCCCGAGCCCCUAAGUCUCUGUCCUUUGGCCCCAUUGUGGACACAGAGGAGCCCGAGCCCCUGCCCCUCCUGUCUUCACAGACAGGCUGCAGCCUUUGCUCAGUUUUUCUCUCCAAGGGGACAGGACUGGGACCUGGAACCUUGGUCCUGGCUCUAUGUUCAGGCUGUGCCUGCAGCAGUCGGAGGAUUGGCUGGAGCUAGCCAGCAAGCAUGACAUGCUCCCUGUCUCCAGGGAGUUGCUGUGACAGUUUGGCCUGUCAUGCCCAAAGGGCCAGAGUCCCUCAUCCCAUCUUCACAGAAGGAGAGGGGUUUGACCCUGCCAAAAGGGCUGAGCAGCAGAGAGUCUGUUUCCAUUGAUGUGUCCUGUUCUCAACUAGUGGGGUACCCUAUGGUCCAUAGGGCAUAAUGCCCCAGUCUGAGCCAUGCGGUUUCUUGAUUUCAGACAGGGGGAAGCACUUAGAAACUUCAUAAUUUUGUGCCGAACGGGGUUUCUUCUACCAGAAGCUGUUUGAAUGAACAUUCUCCCUAAGCCCCCAUCCCAGCCUCUGGGCUUUAAGCCUCCCUCCAGCCCAUCUGUUUGGUAAAGAGGUGCACAGCCCAACUGCUGCAUCCCAGCAGCUCUCACCCUAGGGAGGGGCUCUCUGCUACCUCAGCUGGAUUACAUUUGAUGUCUUGUAGGGGCUGAUAAGACACUGGCCUCAGCAACGGGACUGGAAGGGCCACUAGCUUGUUCUCUGGAAGGGGAGGCAGUGCUUGUCCAUGGGUGGGCAGGGGCCUUCCUCAUUCCAAACCCUCUGGAAUUCUUCUGGUCAGAACUGCACUGGGUUUCUGCAGGCUUCUGAGUCUUCCCCUGGAGGAGGGAGGGUGGUCUGGUCUGCCUCUAUAGCCAGAUCCAUGUCUUCAGCCUCCAGCCCCUGCAGAGGCUCCUUUGUGGUGCAGGUAGGCAGGCAAGGGUGUGCAGCCUCCAUAAUCUAAGAUGGCUGCACACCCUGCAACUGGUUCAUUUUCAAACGAUGCCAAGGGAACAACUAUACCUGCUUAUGCUCCACACAGUUCACUUCCACACCCUCAUGUCCUGCCAUGAUACCAACUGGUGGGACUAUCUACCACCUGUAGAGAAGGUGAGGAACCCCUGUGGGCCAGCCUCUAUGCCACACUGGUCUCACACCCCACCAGGGAUACUGAGACCUCCUCCUAGCCCUGGACAAAGCAGCCAUAUACACCACAAGUAGGAGGGUACUGGAUGAGGGGGUGCUCUGUGACUGGGACCUAUUUCUGGUCCUCCCUGGUCUUACGCAUCCAGGCAGAGUUCCUCUGGUUGGCACCCACUGGCUCCUUAGACAGGUUUGAGGAGCAGUGGGGGCUGUCUGCUCAGUGUCCCCAUCUGGAACUCCCCUCCCCUCCCUGUUAUUCCUUAGUUGCCCCUGUAUUCAUUUGGAUUCUUGGUCCAGUGGUCCCUCCCACAAGGUUGAGGGAGGGGCCUUUAGACACAGGUGGUCUCACACCCACCUGCCUCCUGGAAAUUCCCAUAAGGCCUCCCCUCCUUGGGCCGAGCCCUGCCUCCACUGUUGAAUGCACUUGGAUUACUUGAACCUCACCUACUCCAGUUACUAGAGCAAUAAAUGAUCCAUUAGCCACCCACAACAGCCUCUUUGUCCAUAUCUAUGGUAGUAACAAGCUCUUGCUGAUCAUGUCAGCACUCCCUGUGGUCUCUGCUGCAGGAGCUCUUCACCUCCAUGCUCUCUCUGGGAAGGGACCCCUAGGUAGAAGCUUCACCCAGUCACAGAUGCUGUGUCUCACAUCAGACCUUUACAGUUAUCAGCACCUGUUGUUGCCCCAGGUGCUCAGUACAGCAUGGGUAGCUCUGAUCCAGGUUGCACCUACUGAUAUAGGAACUGCUGACACCCAGGGGCAGGCCCUGCAGUGUUCCACCAACCUCCUGAGACCAGCACAAAGUCUUGCCACCAGGUGUCCAGCUAGGAGGGAUAUCUGCUCUUCCCCUUUACCCUCCCUAACCCAGCCAGGGGCCUGCACCAGGACUGGGGUUACUGAAAUCUCACACCCAUUGUUGUUACUAGAUCAAAGUAGGCCUGAGCCAACUGCGCUCACAGCGGAUACUGCCUCCAACACAUGCAGUUCUGAGAAGACCAAGGCUACACACAGAAACAGCCCCAUGUUACUCAGAAGUAGAGAGAAGGGCGGAGUAUGUUCUGCAUCCUCC